AUGUCCAUUUAUUUUGAUGAUGAUGUCCUCACAGCUACUAUUGGUUUUCCUACUUGUCCAGUUUACGAUUUGACAUAUUUUUUGAGAGAACCAAAUAUGAUUUUUACUGUCCGAUUUCAUGACGAUGUUACUUUCGGAACGAUAAAUACAAAUGUGGAUGGUUCGCUGUUAAAGGUAAUGGAAAAUAUAUACGGGCCGAUAUUCUUCAAUAACAGCACUUGGCCAGACACUGUCAAAACUAAUCUCUGUUCUGAAAUGCACGCCUUUUUGGCAAAACUGACUGAAGUCCAUUACAAGAUGCUCGGCCUCACCGUCAUUUACAUUCCAAAUGAGGGAAUCGGCCUGGACGCCGUGACUGCCGCCUUAGACAAAGAGCUGGUGAAACGUUUGGACGGAGUAGUCGUUCAUUGGACGAAGCAGAUUAGUAUGUGUCUUGGGGAUCAAGAUCAAACUUUGGAUAUGGAAAGCAACGGGCCCACAGAUGAAAUAGACUUCUGGGUUAGCAGAUAUGAGAAUUUGUGCGGAGUAAAUUAUCAACUUCAAAAUGAUCACCUCGGACAUAUCCGUUCAAUAUUGAUGGCUGCAGAAUCCACAUAUAUCAAGCAAUUUAAUGUUCUUUGCGAUGAAAUCUCUGAACAUCUAGCUCAAGCCAAAAGCAAUAUUGAGUAUUUACAGAUUCUUCGUUCGCCUUGUGCAGAAUUAUCAGAAGUGGAUAGUCCUGGUAAUAUAAAUAAAAUUGUGCCAAAUAUAAUACAUCUUAUUAGAGCUAUAUGGAUGAAUUCACCAUAUUACAAUACCAAAGAUAAAAUCGUUAAAUUAUUUACGUCACUCACGACAUUAAUAAUAAAACGGUGCCAAACUUUCACAAAUGUUCCUAGAAUACUAGAAGGAAAUACAAAAUCAGGAAUUGUUCAAAUGACGAGCAUCAUACAAUGUUGUGAAAGGUAUCAUCAGCUUUAUAAUGAGAUCCAGAGCGCCCAUAAUGGUGUCAAACCUGGAAGUUGGGACAUCGACAACAAUACAAUAUUCAGCAAUUUGGAUUCAUUUAUUCAAAGAUGCAAGGAUUUGAUAGAAAUUUGCCAAGGAAUGAUUAUGUUUGCACGCAUGGAUGAGGAAGAAAAAAUUCCUAAGCCAAUGUUUGGAGGCACCAGAGGUAUAGAGUUUGAACGUAUUUGUGAAAAAGUUGAAAGUCUUUAUAAAGAAAAUUUAGCGAAAAUAGUAAAUAUUCAACAUGCUAUAUUAGAUGUCCGAAUCCCAUCUUGGUAUGAUGACAUCAAUAAUUAUCGAUUAGCUACCAGAGAUAUAGAGGUAAUUAUUGAGAACUUAGUUACUGAUGUAUUUUCAUCAGUGGCUACCAUGGAAGAUGCUCUGGAGUCACUUUGUGCUUUCUACAAUUACUCUCGGCGAGAAAACCUAAAAAUUAUAUUUGACCGCAAAACUACACAGGUUUGGGAAAUGUUCGGCCAAGAGAUACAAGAUGCAAAGAAAGAUCUGAUAUUGGAGAGAGAAGAGUAUCCUGCAAAUCUUCCUUACUUUUCAGGUAGAGCUAUGUCUGCAAAGCUCAAAAAGACCAGAUUGGAAUAUUUAAAACAAUUAUUGGAUGAAGCUGAAUGGAUGUGGAUAACACCAGUAUCACAUACAAUUGUUGCUCAGUUCAAUAAAUUGGUACGAUCUAUUGAAGACCGCAUGAUGGAGUUAUUUAGGAAGUGGAUAGACAAUAUAGGAGAAGAUGUAUCUAAACGUCUUGAUAGGCCGCUGAUGAAUAGAAGUGCUACAAAACCUGGACUUUUAGAAUGCAAUAUAGAUAGGUCUAUUCUGGAGAUAUGUACAGAAGCAAAGCAUUGGGAAUCCUUAGAAUUUGAUAUACCAACGCAUAUCAAAAGCAUAUAUAUGAAAUUUGAAAAUGUUCAAUUCGUUUUUGAGAGCGUAAUGACAGUCGUAAUCGAUUAUAAUCGAAUAAUAGCUUCCCUUUCUGAUCGAGAACGUCUACUAUUUAGACAAUUGAUAAAUGCAUGUGACAAGAAAAUCACACCUGGUUUAUUCAAAUUGACCUGGAAUGAUGAUGUUUGCGACACAUAUAUUGCUGACUGUGUAGCUCAUACUGCUGAGCUUCAAUCAUUCCUUGAUGAUUAUAAAACAUCGAAUUUGGAAAUUGUGAAAAUAUGUGAACGAAUCUGUGAUACACCAUUAAUUGAAAUUAAACCAAACUUUGUAUAUCAGCUUGAAGAUUUGCAAGAACAUUUGAAUACUUUUAAAUACAAUGUUACUGUUAAUUUACUCAAAAUGAUUCGAGACAUUAUGAACUAUAUGAUAGUUGUUUAUGAAGGAUUCGAGCAAUAUAUGCAUAUGAUGGUGGAACACUGGAUAUCUUAUGUUAAAAAGUUUGAUCUGCUUGUUGAAGAAGCUUUAAAAGUUUGUGUGAAGAAUUCGUUAAAUAUUAUGUUGAACGCUUUAAAAAGUGGAACCAUUUCGAUGUCGCCGUUGAUCAAAUUGCAAAUCACGCUGAAAAAUGAUAGAAUCAGUUUUUCUCCAUCGGUUCUUCAAGUAGCUACUUUAAUAGCAGAUACUUUGCCAGGAAUUGUGGAUUCUAUGAGAUUAUUACCAAGAUUAUGUGAUAAAUUUCAUAUUCCCAAAGAAGACACAGUUAAAUUUUGUGAUGUUAUUGACAGCGACGAAGAUUGUGUUAAACUACAAACAGCACUAGAUAACGAGGUGACGAUUAAUGUGCAGAAAAUUCAACUAUAUGUAAAGAAUUGGGAACCAUUCAGAGAAAUGUGGGAAGUAGACAAAGAAUUAUUUAUAAAGAAUUAUGAAAAUAUGAAUCCAGCGGCGAAAGUUUUUGAAGAAAAUAUAGAAAAUUAUACAGACGUUAUUAAUCGAGUUCAGCUUCAAGAAACUACAACAAAUGUUCAUUUUUCACACAUUAUAUCUUCACCUUUAAAGAAGGCUAUUGUUGCACAUUGCAAGGAAUGGCAGAAGAAGCUAGAGGAUUUGCUGUUGAAAUUGGCAACGCAGAAAGUUGAACAUAUUUAUGAGUAUACAGCUGCAAAUGCCAAAGUUAUGAGUGAAGAACCGAAAGAUCUAAAAGAGUUAGGAGAGCUUAUUGCUAAUUAUGAUAAAUUUAAUUUGGAAUUGCAGGAAGAGGAAAAAAUAUUUCCUAUAAUACGUGAAGAUUUCAGAAUUUUAGAUAAGUACCAAGUUCAAAGAUCACAAAGUCUUAAAACCAAAUUUGCUGAAAUGGAUGAACGAUGGGAAUGGUAUAAUGAAAGUAUUAAUCAAUGUCAAAAAAUGAUAGAACACUCCAAGGAUACAUUCCGCGUUGGUUUGUUAGAAUCGGCUGAUGUCUUUAAACAAGAUGCUGCCAAUCUGCUGAAUUCAUUUGUUUUUUGUAUUUCUUACACCCAGGAGGAAGGUCCUUUCAAUGCAGAUUGGUCAGCAACAGAUGCCAUUGAAUAUUUGCAACAAACACGGGAAAAGUUGUUGCAAAUGCGUGAAAGAGAAGCGAUUAUCAAACGUGAUUUGGGAGUUUUCAGCAUAAGUCAACCUGACUCAGCAGAACUGAUAAAGUUGGAGAAGGAUCUUGCAGCAAUUGAAUUAGUUUGGGAAUUAACACAACAAUGGGAAGAAGCUUGGGAACGUUAUAAAUUGGGGAAUUUUUGGACUAUUGAAACUGAGGAAAUGGAAACUACUGCUCAAACGCUCUUCAGAAAAUUAACUCGUCUGAACCGUGAGCUCAAAGAUAAAAACUGGGAUAUUGUGGAACAUAGUCGUAGUCGUGUAGAUGCUUUUCGGCGAACACUUCCAUUAUUGUCUGAUCUGAAAAAUCCAGCAAUGAGGGAAAGACAUUGGGAUCGUGUUCGUUCAGUUAUGAAUAAGGAAUUUGAUCAAAAUUCUGAAGAUUUUAAAUUAGAACAGAUUAUAGCCAUGAAUUUCCAAGCUUAUGCAGAAGAUAUUAAUGAAAUAUCAAAUGCGGCGACAAUGGAAUUGCAAAUUGAAAUGGGUAUCAAGAACAUUGCACAGAUUUGGGAAACAGUUGGAAUUGAGAUGGUUCCAUAUAAGGAUAAAGGUGUUUAUAGACUGAAGAAUGUUGAUGAUUGCUUCCAAGUUUUAGAAGAACAUGCUGUUAUAAUAUCAACUAUGAAAGCAACUCGUUUCGUUGAACCUUUUGCAGAAGUGGUAGAUCAUUGGGAACGGACUUUAUCAUAUAUUGGAGAAACUUUGGAAGCCGUUUUGAAUGUUCAAAGACAAUAUUUAUAUUUGGAAAAUAUAUUCUUUGGCGACGAUAUCCGCAAACAACUCCCAAAGGAAACACAGGCUUUUGAUGAAAUUGCUCAAUCUUGGUUAGUAAUUACAUCAUCCAUGUACAGAGGUGGCUCUGCAUUAAAAGCAACACAUUAUGUUAAACCACCACUUUUAUUAAAUACUCUAAAUGAACUCAACGAUAUUCUGGAAGAGCUACAAAGGGCUUUAGAAAAAUAUUUGGAAACAAAGCGUCACAUAUUUCCACGCUUCUAUUUCAUUUCUAACGAUGACUUAUUGGAGAUUCUUGGAAAUUCUAAAAAGCCUGAAGCGGUUCAACCACAUUUUAAAAAACUAUUUGAUAACAUUAAUAAAAUCAAAAUUGGAAAGACUGUUUUGAAUAAAAAUGAAGCUUUAGGUAUGUUCUCAGCGGAUGGUGAAUUUAUAGAAUUUACUAAUCCGGCAUCUCUAGAAGGACCUGUGGAAAUUUGGCUUACAGGUAUAGAAGCGGCUAUGCGAGCUCAUUUAAAAGAAAAUUUGAAACAGACCAGACUUGCUCUGAGAAAAUCUCUUUCUAAGCGUGACAAAUGGUUGUUGAUAUGGCCAGGACAAUUGUGCAUCACUGCGAGCCAAAUUCAAUGGACAUCUGAUUGUACAAGAACUCUCAAAAUAUGCAAAAUCACUGAAGAGAAAAAACAUCUCAAGAAGUUGCGCAAAAAGCAAAAUCAUGUGCUUAUGAAAUUAUCAGAAAUGAGUCGAAAAGAUCUUACUAAAAUUCAUAGACUUAAAGUGAAUUCUCUAAUUACUGUGGAAAUUCAUGCAAGGGAUGUUAUUGAUAAAAUGUAUAAAGUAGGUUGUAUGGACGAAGGAGAUUUUGAAUGGUUUUCCCAAUUGCGAUUCUAUUGGGAAAAAGAAACUGAAAUAUGCGUUAUCCGACAAACUAAUACUUUUUUCCGUUAUGGAUACGAAUACAGCGGAAAUUCUGGACGACUUGUUAUAACACCUUUAACUGACAGAUGUUAUAUCACGCUAACAACAGCGUUGCAUUUAUUUCGUGGUGGUAGCCCUAAAGGUCCUGCCGGAACUGGUAAAACAGAAACCGUUAAAGAUUUAGGAAAAGCCCUUGGAAUAUGGGUAAUUGUAAAUAACUGCUCUGAAGGAUUAGAUUAUAAAAGCAUGGGCAAAUGUUUUUCAGGAUUAUCGCAAACUGGAGCUUGGGGUUGUUUUGAUGAGUUCAAUAGAAUAAAUAUUGAAGUAUUAUCUGUAGUUGCACAACAGAUUUUAUCAGUAUUAUCCGCUUUGGCACAAGGUUUAAACAAAUUUACUCUAGAAGGCAUGGAAAUCAAUUUAGUUCAUACAGUGGGUUUAUUUAUUACUAUGAAUCCUGGUUACGCUGGACGAACUGAACUUCCAGAUAACCUAAAAUCGAUGUUUCGGCCAAUAUCUAUGAUGGUGCCUGAUAGCAGCAUUAUUGCUGAUAAUAUUUUGUUCAGUGAUGGAUUUCAAACUUCUCGAGCGUUGGCAAAAAAAGUAUUUACUCUUUACCAAUUGGCGACACAGCAACUCAGUAAACAAGAUCAUUAUGAUUUCGGUUUGCGUUCGAUGGUAGCUUUAUUACGUUAUGCAGGAAGAAAGCGCAGGGCUUAUCCUAAUUAUUUGGAAGAUGAGAUACUAUAUUUAGCUAUGAAGGAUAUGAACAUAGCUAAAUUAACGGCCAACGAUUUACCUUUAUUCACCGGUAUUAUGUCUGAUAUUUUUCCUGGUGUUCAAAUACCAGUCGUAGAUUAUGAAGAGUUCUUCACUUGCAUCGAAGAUGAAUUAGUUGCAAUGGGUUUACAAAAAAUAUCUAUAGCGUCAACGAAAGUCAUUCAAUUGUAUGAAACUAAAGUAUCUAGACACAGUGUUAUAAUAUUAGGAGAUACUGGUACUGCGAAAACAGUGACAUGGAAAUGUUUGAAAGGAGCUUUUACAAGAAUGAAUAAACUUAAAAAGCCUGGAUUUGUACAAGCACAAGAAUAUGCUAUGAAUCCAAAAGCUUUAUCCUUGGGUGAACUGUAUGGAGAAUACAACUUGGCUACAAAUGAAUGGUUGGAUGGGGUGUUAUCAGCCAUUAUGAGAAAAGUUUGCUCAGAUGAGAGUCCCGAACAAAAAUGGAUUCUCUUUGAUGGUCCUGUAGAUGCCGUGUGGAUUGAGAACAUGAACAGCGUCAUGGACGACAACAAGGUUCUAACGUUAAUUAAUAGUGAGAGAAUUACGAUGCCUGAACAAGUUUCUCUUCUAUUUGAAGUCGGAGAUUUAAGUGUGGCAUCUCCAGCCACUGUUUCACGUUGUGGUAUGGUCUACAAUGACUACAAAGAUUGGACUUGGAGACCUUUUGUCAAUUCUUGGCUGCAAAAGCUUCCAGAUCAAAAGCAGUUGGCAUCUGAUAUGAAAGACUUCUUCUAUAGAUAUCUACAAAAAGUUUUGGAUUUCAAGAGAACUAAAUGUUUCCAACCUAUAGAGGCUCCUGAACUAAAUUGCGUAAUGUCCUUCUGCAAAUUACUGGACUGCUUUUUAACAAAGGAAAAUGGUUUAGAUCCGGCUGAUACAGAAUCAUUUUCUCAUAUGGGAAAAUUAUGGUUCUUCUUUUGCAUGGUUUGGUCUGUAUGUGCAACAGUUGAUGAAGCCGGUCGUGUUAAAAUGGAUACAUUUAUAAGAGAAAUGGAAGGAAUAUUCCCGGUAAAAGAUACAAUUUACGAGUAUUAUGUUGACCCCAGAUUGAAAAAUAUGCUUGCUUGGGAGGAAAAAUUAUCGGAGAGUUGGCGAUAUCAAGCAGGAAUUCCUUUCUAUAAAAUUAUUAUUCCAACGGUAGACACUAUUAGGUACGAAUAUUUAGUGUCGAAAUUAUUAGCUAUGGGAGCUCCUGCAAUGUUAGUUGGACCAGUUGGUACGGGCAAGACAUCAACUGCGCAAUCUGUACUUGAUCAACUGAAUGCUGAUAAAUAUGGUUUGCUGUGCAUAAAUAUGUCAGCCCAGACCACUUCAAACAAUGUUCAAGAUACCAUUGAAAGCCGCGUUGAAAAGCGCACAAAAGGUGUAUACUACCCAGUUGGUGGUAAAGUUAUGAUAGCGUUUAUGGAUGACUUUAAUAUGCCUGCUAAAGAGACAUAUGGGUCACAACCUCCUUUGGAACUUAUAAGACAAUGGAUUGAUUAUGGAUUUUGGUAUGAUCGUGCAAAACAAACAAAGAAAACCAUUAAGGAUAUUCUUCUUAUGGCUGCAAUGGGUCCACCAGGUGGUGGUAGAAAUGUUAUAACACCUCGUUUGUUGAGUCGAUUCAAUGUUAUAAACAUGACUUUCCCAGCUGAAUCUCAAAUUACCAGGAUUUUUGGUACUAUGCUUUCCCAACAAGUCGUAGACUUUGAAGAAGAAGUGAAAGCAAUGACUGGAAAGAUAACUGCGGCAACCAUCGAUUUAUACAAUGGUGUGAUAGCUAAAAUGCUACCUACUCCAGCCAAAAUUCAUUACCUGUUUAAUCUCCGUGAUAUUUCCAAAGUUUUUCAAGGACUUCUUCGAAGUAAUAAAGAUUUUCAGAAUACAAGAAUGGCUAUGUUAAAACUUUGGGUUCAUGAGUGUUACAGAGUGUUUAAUGAUCGACUCAUUGACGAAAAAGAUCGUGAAUGGUUUUCGAACGCAAUCAACGAUGGACUUGGUAGAUUUUUUGAAGUCACAUUCAAUGCCCUUUGUCCAAAUAAAGAUCCGCCACUGUUCGCAGAUUUUGUUAAUCCAUUUGGUGUUUAUGAAGAAAUCGUAGAUCAAACUAAACUACGGAAGUAUAUUGAAUUACAAAUGGAGGAAUAUAAUGCUUCACCUGGUGUUGUCCGUGUAGAUCUGGUUUUAUUUAAGGAUGCUGUUGAACAUAUCUGUAGAAUCGUCAGAAUUAUUUCGCAACCAAGAGGGAAUACUUUGCUUGUCGGAGUUGGUGGUUCCGGCCGGCAAUCUUUAUCACGAAUAUCUAAUUACAUUUGCGAACUGAAUACAUUCCAAAUCGAAGUAAGCAAAAGCUAUGGAAUGGGUGAAUUCAAAGAAGACUUGAAAAAACUUUAUGGUUUAACUGGUGUUGAUGUGCGACCUACAACAUUUUUGUUCAAUGAAAACCAAGUACAAGAAGAAAGUUUCUUAGAAGUUAUUAACAAUAUGCUAAGUACUGGCGAGGUUGCCAAUCUAUAUAAAGCAGAGGAAUUUGAGGAAGUUAAGAAUAAUCUACAUGCUGCCGCUGUAAAAGCUGGAAUUUUACAAACAUCUGAGGCUAUGUACACUUUUCUGAUAGAUAGAGUACGUUCAAAUUUGCAUAUCAUAUUGUGCAUGAGCCCUAUUGGAGAUAGUUUCAGAAACCGCCUUCGGCAAUACCCAUCUCUCAUCAAUUGCACCACAAUAGAUUGGUUCCUCGAGUGGCCUAAAGAAGCACUUUUAGAAGUCGGCAUGAAAUAUUUAAAUGAAAUUGAUUUUGCUGCUACUAUCACAGGGCAGAAGGCUGAACAAAGGCAAGAAUCUUUAGUAUUUGGCACACAAGAAAAACUAAGUCAAGCUGUUGCAUCCCUAUUUGCAAUCGUUCAUGACUCUGUCGCGAAAUGUUCUCGAACUAUGUUGCAUGAAAUGAAAAGACAUAAUUAUGUUACUCCUACUAAUUACUUAGAAUUGGUAUUCGGAUAUAAAACAAUGUUGGAUGAGAAAAGAGUUUUUGUUGCUCAAUCAGCUAACAGGCUUCGAAAUGGUUUAUCAAAAAUUGAUGACACUCGAGAAAAGGUUGAAGUAAUGUCUGUUGAACUGGCUGAAGCCCAAGUUAAAGUAGCUGAAUUCCAACAACAGUGCGAUGAAUAUUUGGUAAUAAUAAUGACUCAAAAAGAAGAGGCUGACGAACAACAAAGAAAUGUUACAGCAAAAAGUAUAAAAAUUGGAGAAGAAGAAGUAGUUUGUAAAGAAAUGGCAACUAUUGCACAAGCUGAUUUAGAUCAAGCAAUGCCUGCACUUGAAGAGGCUAUCGCUGCUUUAGAUUCCUUGAAUAAGAAAGACAUGACUGAAAUUAAAUCUUAUGCUAAGCCUCCUCAGAAAGUUGAAAUGGUAUUAGAAGCUGUAAUGAUUCUUAAACAGUCCGAGCCAACCUGGACAGAAGCUAAAAGGCAACUUGGUAGUCAAUACUUUUUAGAUGAAUUAAGAAAUUUCGAUAAAAAUCACAUAUCUGAUAAAACGCUAAAAAAAAUCGCAACCUAUACCACCAAUCCAGAAUUUGAACCAGAAAAAGUUGGAAUUGUGUCAUUAGCUGCUAAGUCUUUAGCUAUGUGGGUCAUUGCGAUAGAAAAAUAUGGACAUGUUUGGAAAAUUGUUGGACCCAAACAAGCAAAACUUGAUGAAGCAGUAGCAUCAUUGAGGGAGAAACAAGCUAUGUUAGCAGAAGCUCAAGCUAAAUUAGAUGAACUAAGUAAAAAACUUGCUUUGCUCCAAGCAGAGUAUAACGAAAAAUUAACCCAAAAGGAGCAGUUACGUCUUAAGGCUGAGUCCUUAAUGUUAAAAUUAGAGAGAGCUGCGAUGUUAGUCGAUGGAUUAUCUGGGGAACGGGUACGUUGGGAGCAAACAGUCAAACGGUUGGAUGAAGAAUUUUUGAAACUUCCUGGUGAUUGUUUGAUGGCUACAGCAUUUAUAUCGUAUUUAGGACCAUUUGUUUCCCAAUAUAACAAAAGAUUGGAAGCACAACUCUUGGGAAUAGUAGUGUGUAAAGAAAGACCUCAACUUGAAGAGCAGAAGAAUAAUCUUGUAAUAACAAUUGCUAGAAAUAAAAUGCUGAUAGAUUUGGAAAAUGAAAUCUUGCGUUUACUUAAUGAAUCCCGGGGAUCUUUAUUGGAUGAUGAAGAACUUUUUGCUACUUUACAAUCCUCAAAACAAACGUCUAUUGAAGUUAUUGACUCCUUGGCCAUUUCUGAAGUUACUGAAAUUGAAAUAGAUACUGCUCGUGAAGGAUACAGACCAUGUUCUAAACGUGCUUCAAUUUUAUUUUUUGUGCUUACUGAUAUGAGCAAUAUCGAUCCUAUGUACCAAUUUUCACUUGAUGCGUACAUAGUCUUAUUUGAUAACUCCAUUGAUAGAAGUAUGAGAAGUCCUAAUUUAGCAGAUCGAAUCAACUUCUUGAAUGAAUAUCAUACAUAUGCAGUUUACAAAAACACUUGUAGAGGUCUUUUUGAAAAGCACAAAUUACUGUUUUCGUUUCAUAUGUGCAUGAAAAUAUUGGACGCUGCUGGAAAAGUUAAUCAGGUUGAAUAUUCUUUUCUAUUAAAAGGAGGUGUUGUUCUUGAUAAAUCCGCACAAGUAGAUAAUCCUAAUCCAACUUGGAUUACUGAUUCAUCCUGGGAUAAUAUAACAGAGUUAGAUAAACUUCCAGGAUUUCAUGGUGUUGUUGAUUCAUUUGAGAGUGGUAGCAAAGAAUGGCAUGAAUGGUAUACCCAAACGGAACCUGAGAUCGAACCUCUUAUAGGUGAUUGGGAUAAUCAGUGCAACGACUUCCAAAAGAAUGUCGUUCGCUCUCUACGUUCUGACCGCAUGUCGUUUUGCAUAAGCAAUUACAUAAUUAAUAAUCUGGGAGCAAAAUAUGUAGAACCCCCAGUUUUAGACGUAAAAGCCGUAUUGGAAGAAUCCGUUUCCAGAACUCCAUUAAUAUUCGUUCUAUCUCCUGGAGUUGAUCCUACCAGUUCUCUACUUAUGUUAGCCGAAGUUUAUGAUAUGUCUCAUAGAUUUCAGUUGAGUUUGGGACAAGGCCAAGCUCCAAUAGCCACUAGAAUGAUAGCGGCUGGUGCAAAAGAAGGAAACUGGGUGUUUCUCGCUAAUUGUCAUUUGUCAUUAAGUUGGAUGCCGCGUCUAGACAAAAUAGUUGAUACUUUACAAACUGCGAAAACACAUCCAGAUUUCCGCCUAUGGUUGAGUUCUAGUCCAAACCCUGAAUUUCCUAUAUCUAUUUUGCAAGCUGGAAUUAAAAUGACUACCGAACCUCCUAAGGGUAUCAAAGCAAAUCUAAAACGAUUGUACCAAAAUCUAAGUGAAGAGCAGUUCAACGUGUGCAAGACGAAAGAUAAAUACAAGAAACUAUUAUUUGCACUUUGUUUCUUUCAUGCUAUUCUGCUGGAAAGGAAAAAAUUCCAACAACUUGGUUGGAAUGUUGUCUAUAGCUUUAAUGAUUCAGACUUUGAAGUUUCGGAAAAUUUAUUGGCUAUAUAUUUAGACGAAUAUUCUGAAGAAACACCAUGGGAUGCUUUAAAAUAUUUAAUUGCUGGUGUAAAUUACGGUGGCCAGGUAACAGAUGAUUGGGAUCGGAGAUUGCUGCUCACAUAUAUUAAUCAAUAUUUUUGUGAAGAUGCUUUGCAAAUUCCUAAUUUCAAAUUAUCUUCUCUAACUACCUAUUAUAUACCGAGAGAUGGUUCUCUUCAGUCAUACCAAGAAUUUGCUGCUGUUUUACCAGGCGUUGAUCGACCAGAAGCUUUUGGUCAACAUUCUAAUGCUGAUAUUACAUCACUGAUUAACGAAACAAGAGAUUUAUGUGAGACAUUGAUGUCGAUACAAUUACAAGUAGCUGGCACGUUAGGCGAAAGCAAGGAGGAUAAGGUUGCUCAAUUAGCUAACGAUGUUCUCAUUAAGAUACCCAAAACUAUAGAUUAUGAUAAUACUGAUAAAUUGAUUGGAGCUAAUAAAAGUCCUUUAGAUGUUGUUCUGUUGCAAGAGAUUUCAAGAUAUAACAUCCUACUUGAUUCUAUAACCACGUCGUUAAUCGAGCUUCAGAAUGGCAUAAAAGUAGUAGUCAUGUCUACAGAAUUGGAGGAUAUAUUUACGUGCAUCUACGAGGGUAGAGUUCCUGCUGGGUGGUUGAAAGCUUAUCCAUCUAUGAAGCCUCUUGGUUCGUGGACGCGCGACUUGGUCGCCCGUGUAGAACAUUUUGGAGCAUGGGCAGAAACAACCCAUCCACCCAUAUUAUUCUGGCUUGCUGCAUACACUUUUCCUACUGGAUUUUUGACGGCUGUUCUUCAAACAUCUGCAAGAGCCACAAACACACCUAUAGAUCUAUUAUCUUGGGAUUUUACUGUAUUUGUUCAAGAUGAAUCGUAUUUUAUUGAGCCAGCGAUCGAAGGAGUUUAUGUUCGAGGAUUAUUUUUAGAAGGUGCUGGAUGGAAUCGUAAAGAACAGUGUUUAGCAGAACCACAGCCAAUGCAGCUCGUUUGUCCUAUGCCUUUAAUCCUUUUCAAACCAGUUGAGCAGUUAAGAAAAAGGACGAAAGGUAUUUACGUCUGUCCAGCGUACUACUUUCCAUUAAGGUCAGGUGUACAAGGGAGACCAGCAUUUGUAGUUCCAGUUGAUUUAAGAUCUGGAGAAUAUAGUGCUGAUCACUGGACAAAACGUGGAACUGCUUUGUUGCUUAGUGUCUAA